AUGGUCACCCUGCUCGACUGCCCAAACGAGCUGCUGCUUAUCAUCUCCGAGUACCUAAACGACGAGGGUCUGCUCCACUUCGCUUCCACGUGCAUUCGCGUCAACUCUCUGCUCAUCCACAUCCUCCUCGAGCGCUGCCAGUGCGAGGCAGUCGUAUCCUCCACCGGCGCGAUCUCGUCUGUCUACUUCACCGGCGACAACCUCGGGGCCAUUCCAGCCCUAGCGAUUGCAUAUCACGCCACGUCGAUCGAGCUGUUAAGCUGCGGCUUCUCGUCCUUCUUCCGAUCUAGCUCGAGCAAAGAGAUAUUGAACGCGGUCAAGGCUCUGGAUGUGUUGGCGAAGAGGCUGGAACGGCUGAGCCACGUGCGUAUCCACCCGCUUCUCAAGUUUCCAGGCACGAAGAAGGAGUACGUUUCCUGGCAGAAACUGCUCGCGCUGUCCCUCAAUAGCGCCGCGCUUCGCGGCGAUUGCAGCAUCACGGUGUACAACGAACCAUACGAGGCGGUCGUGGAUCCCUUCCCCUUCUCGCACUCGUUCUCCGACCGGCCUACGACCGCGCAUAUCGACGGGUCCGGGAUCAUCGCUGAUACAACGUCUCGCCGCGCUGCUGGAACGCGUGAUCAGGGCAUUGAAGCCACAUACCGUGGCGAUAACGCGCUCCGACGAGCCGGAACCCUCUGCCCCACUCGUGAAAUCCACGGAACGCGCGUCGAAGCGCGUGAUACCCUUGCCCGUCCUCCCCGCGCUGAAGUCAUUGAACAUACACUCUUCCCUUCUUUUCCACACGACGUUCUACCGCUGGACGAUGCACACACUCAACACAUCCCCGCUCACCUCCCUCUCGCUCGACAACAUCGAUCUGUCGCUGUUCGAUUGGCACGAAACGCUUCCCCGCCUAUCCCUCGCGGUGCUCGACCAUCUGCAUCUGGGAAUGCACUGCUCUAUCGCCGUUCCAGACCUGAAGGCGUUUCUUCACCGCCAUCCCAGCAUCACCUCCCUCGACCUCAGCUUCCACGAAGCCAUCGGCCCACUGCACGCGCCCGGUCCUGCGCUCCCAAAUCUCUGCCGCAUCCGCGCCACACCCGAGUAUCUCGUGUACUUCCUGUCGGGCCCCCCGCCGGUGACAUCCAUCCCUUGCUGAGGGAAGUCACCAUCACGUCGCACGGCGGAAGCGUGUACGAGGAAGACCGCUUCGCCAAGGUCGUCGCGGCGCUGGAAAAGCGCGGCUCGGUCCCCGCUGUCGGUCUGGUCGGCAAGUUGAUGGGUGUGCUUGAUCUGCCGGAAACAUUGGUACCGCUGGGCAACACCCUUGAGGAGGACGAGAAUGGGAAUCGCUGA